AUGCUGACGUCAGGCCUCAGACGAUCGUGUUUCUCCACCCCACCCUUUUCAACAUUAUUCUUUUUGAGUGUCCAUCGUUGUCAAGCCGCCAAAGUGGAGAGUGUGGUUGCAGAGGGGGGUGCUUCUCGUUACAGUGCUUCUUCGGGAGGGGGAGGAGGAGGUCGUAGUACACCUCAGCACCAUCCCACAACUGUCGGUAACAGCGAGUUCCUGGGGAAAACCCCAGGGCUUAACGUUCAGAGAUGGGUUCCUUCACGAAGCACUAGACGAGAUGUCAGCUCCUCAAAUGACAAAGAACACCAAGAUGCAAUCUUCAGAAAAGUGAGAGGCAUACUUAAUAAACUGACCCCUGAGAAGUUUGACAAGCUAUGCCUUGAGCUUCUGAAUGUGGGUGUGGAUUCAAAGCUCCUCCUCAAAGGAAUCAUCUUGCUGAUUGUAGACAAAGCCCUUGAAGAGCCCAAGUAUAGUUCACUAUAUGCUCAGCUAUGUCUGCGUCUGGCAGAGGAUGCUCCAAACUUUGAUAACCAAUUAUCUGAGAUCCAGUCAUCACAAAAGCAGAGCACUACAUUCAGGAGACUUUUGAUCACAAAGCUUCAAGAUGAAUUUGAAAACCGCAGCAGAAACGUUGAAAUUUAUGACAAAAGCGAUGGCCCUCUUACCUCAGAAGAGGAGGAGCAGCGUGCCAUUGCUAAGAUCAAGAUGCUGGGCAACAUCAAAUUCAUCGGGGAGCUUGGCAAGCUUGACCUCAUUCAUGAGUCGAUCUUGCAUAGGUGCAUCAAGACUCUCCUGGAAAAGAAGAAGAGAGUACAACUUAAAGAUAUGGGGGAGGAUUUGGAGUGCCUUUGUCAGAUAAUGAGGACUGUGGGGCCUAGACUUGAUCAUGACAAAGCCAAGUCUUUAAUGAAUCAGUACUUUAGCCGCAUGCGAUCCAUAAUGAACAACAAGGACUUGCCUUCAAGAAUUCGUUUCCUGCUGCAGGACACGUCAGAGUUGCGAGAGAACAACUGGGUGCCCCGAAAAGCUUUUGUUGAUAACGGACCUAAGACCAUCAAUCAGAUUCGUCAGGAUGCAGAUUUGGGUGUAUUUAUUCCAGCAAUGACUCCCGGAAUGAGAACUGACUUCUUUCAAGAUAGCCUUUUCUUGCAAGCACGACUGACUAGGGAGAUUCUUGGUGGAUUGGCUGAUAUGUUUGGACAAAUGCCAGGCUGUGGAAUUGGAACUGGACCUGGGGUGAUUCAAGACCGGUAUUCCCCCACCAUGGGGCGCCAUCGAACAAACCCACUCUUCAACGGUCAUGGUGGCCACAUGGCUCCUGCUCCUCAGUCUCAGUUUGACAAGCCUUUCAUGAAAUCCAAUCAGGGGCAGAAUAUGCUUUUCCAGAACCAGGCUCAGCAGCAGGCUCAGUCCAAGGACACGCAAUCACGUUUUAGCAAGAAAGGACUGCUCAAUGCUGAUGAGAUUAGCCUGAGACCAGCUCAGUCAUUUCUCCUAAGCAAAUCCCAAGUGCCAAAGCUCCAGCCACAGAUUCCCAACAUGAUUCCUCCAAGUGCUCAGCCCCCACGGACAUCCACUCCUCCACUAGGACAGCUUGGCCUAAAGACAAAUCCCCCUCCCAUUCAGGAGAAACCUCAGAAGGCAAACAAGAAACCACCGCCUGCCAAAGAGGAACUUCUCAAGAUGACUGAGACUAUUAUCAAAGAGUAUCUGAGCAACAAGAAAAUCAGCGAUGCUGUGAACGGUGUGAGAGAGAUGAGGGCACCUAAACACUUCCUGCCAGAGAUGUUGAGUAAGAUGAUUAUAUGCUCGUUGGACAGUUCAGAUGAUAAAGAGCACGUUAGCAGUCUGUUCCACACACUGCGUACUGAGGGCCUUAUUACUGGGGAGAACUUCAUGCAGGCAUUCCUUAAUGUUUUGGACCAGUGUCCUAAGCUUGAGGGUGACAUUCCCCUGGUGAAGUCCUAUCUGGCUCAGGUUGCUGCACGUGCUAUCGUUGCUGACCUCAUGAGUAUCGCAGACUUGGCUCAUCCACUGGAGAACGGUGUACACUUUCCUCUCUUCUUGCUUUGUCUGCAGCAAACAGCCAAGCUAAAGGAUAAAGAGUGGCUCACUGACUUAUUCCAGCAGAGCAAGGUCAACAUGCAGAAGAUGCUGCCAGAAAUAGACCAAAACAAAGACCGUAUGUUGGAGAUUUUGGAAGGAAAGGGCCUGAGCUUCCUGUUCCCACUCAUGAAACUGGAGAAGGAGCUGCUGAAGCAGAUCAAAGCAGACCCAGCACCACAGACCAUCUACAAGUGGAUAAAGGACAAUAUUUCACCCAAACUUCACACUGAUAGGGGUUUUGUCAACAUUCUGAUGACCAGCUUUUUACAGUACAUUUUCCACGAGAUGUAUUCUGAUGAAGCUGAUGAGCAGCUGUCCUCGCCUUCAAAAGAACAACUUGAUCAAGAGAAGCAGCUGCUGUUUGCUUUCAAACCAGUAAUGCAAAAGUUCCUGCUUGAUCACGUGGAGCUGCAGGUCAGCGCACUUUACGCGCUGCAAGUGCACUGCAAUGCCAAGAGUUUCCCCAAAGGAAUGCUGCUGCGCUACUUUGUCAACUUUUAUGAUAUGGAAAUAAUCGAAGAAGAAGCCUUCCUUGCAUGGAAAGAAGAUAUUACCCAAGAGUUUCCUGGCAAAGGCAAAGCGCUGUUCCAGGUGAACCAGUGGCUGACCUGGUUGGAGACUGCUGAGGAGGAGGAGUCUGAAGAAGAGGCAGAUUGAGAAGUCAACCAAAGCCUUAAUGGUCUAAAAUAACAUCUUGCUUUUUCUUUUCUCACCCGUCUUACACCCACGGUCAUCAGUCAUGGUUUUCUUUUUUUUGUUGUUUAUAUAUAUAUGUAUGUUAUUAACAUGUUUGCUUUAAUUCCCGCAUUCCACACCAGUUUAGUCCCUGCACCUUCAUUAUUUAAAGCAUUUAAUGGUUUACUAUGUUUGAAUUGAACACCUAAGGAACGGUAUUAGCGACGUCAUCCUGCUCGUUUUUGCUUAUAAAGACCGUGUAUUUGCGAAAGCCUUUUCUCCUGCUGCUGUAACACAACAUGAGCAGAAAUGCACUUUGUGCUCAGUGUCAUGAGCUGUUGCAAUACGAUCCCUCGAUUGUUACAAAGAUCCUACGACUGUAAUCAGCGCGACCGUAAAGUUUUAAUAGUUGACAGUUUUUUCUACCUCUUUAGUGAUGGGUUUAGUGCGCCAGGAUGAAUCAAGUCUCCUUUUAAACAGAUGGAAUUUUGCAAACCUGCACGGUGCUCAAGUCCGAGUUGGAGAAAAGACCCCACAGUUUACUCUCUCGUGCUAAUCUGAAUGUGACAAAGGAAAGCCAUGUGGGAGAUGAGUUCAACAGCCUUCUCUCUCUCUUUUUUUUUUUUUUUUUUUUUUUGUUUUAAAUCAACCCAUGUUUGUCCCCUCAAAUACUUGUCAAACUUUAAUACUUGAAAGUGUUUUUCUUUCUGUCUUUUGCUUCUUCUACUUUACAGCAUCUUCAGGGAUUUACCAAACAUGGCCUGUUUCAGAUGCACCAAACAUUGAUUGGUUUUUUAGAUUUAAAAUGAAACUUUUAAUUGGUUAAAUAAAGAUAACAUGAAAUUGAAACUUGAGAACCACUUCUGAAUGCUUAUUAAAACCUAAGUCUGUUUUCCAUAAUAUCUUCACUAGAUAUUUAUUGAACUCUAUCAUGACAAAAAGAAAAUGACUGCUUUAUCUUUAGGUAGAACAAUAAAAAUGGAUGCACAAUGUGGUAUACAUCUGUACAACGAAUGACUUGCUAUUGAAAGUGUUACUGUAAGAUGUAAGAGCUCUGAUUGUUCUGUGUACCACUCACUUAACUUUCAAUAAAGUUACACACCAGGAUCACA